AUGGAGUCUGCCGGCGAUUGGUGUCUAAUUGAAAGUGAUCCUGGAGUAUUUACUCAAUUGAUAAAAAAAUUUGGUGUAAAUGGGGUUCAAGUUGAAGAACUAUGGUCUAUAAAUGAAGAUGGAGUAUUUGAUGAUCUAAGACCAGUUCAUGGCCUCAUAUUUCUAUUUAAAUAUCUGCAGCAUGAGGAGCCACCUCAUCCUGUUGUAAAAGAUAAGCGUCUUGAGAAGAUUUUCUUUGCUAAACAGGUUAUAAAUAAUGCAUGCGCAACACAGGCAGUUAUAAGUCUUUUAUUAAAUUGUAAUCAUCCAGAUGUGGAUAUUGGUCCAGAAUUAACUAAAUUAAAGGAAUUCAGUAUGUCCUUUGAUCCAAAAAUGCGUGGAUUAACUCUCAGCAAUUCCCAGACAAUACGAAGUGCACAUAAUUCAAUGUCACAACAAACACUUUUUGAAUUUGAUGCAAAAGCUCCGACCAAAGAUGAGGAUGCUUAUCAUUUUAUUGGCUAUAUGCCCAUAGAUGGGCGACUAUAUGAGCUUGAUGGUCUCAGAGACGGGCCGAUUGAUCAUGGUGCAGUAGCUCCAGACCAAGAUUGGCUUGAUGUUAUUCGUCCAAUAAUUUUGAAGAGGAUUAAUGAAUAUAAAGAAGGCGAAAUUCACUUUAAUUUGAUGGCGCUCGUAUCCGACAGGAAGAUGAUUUACGAGCGACAAAUCCAAGAACUAAUGAAUCAGACUCAAAUGCUCGGCAUGGAGACAGAUGACUCGGAAAAUGAGAUUCGCCGUCUGAGGAUGCUGAUAGAGCUAGAGGAGAGCAAGAUGGCCAAGUACCGGCGAGAGAUGGCGCGAAGGAGGCACAACUACUUGCCGUUCAUCAUAACACUGCUGAAGAUAUUAGCAGAGGAGAAGAAGUUGUUACCGCUGUACGAGAAGGCCAAGGAGCGCGCGCUCAAGAAGGGGCCGAAGAAGUCCAGCCCCUCGCGCGUGCUGCCGGCCUCCGAGCACCUGCAGUACUCGCUGGCAGACCUGGACGCCAUCUUCACGGAGCCGCAGGAGCCCCCGUCGCACGCCGCGCUCGAGCCCCACUCGGCGCUCGAGCGCAGUCUCCUGGACCCGCCCGCAGACCUCGACCUGCUCGCUCCCGACGACUUCCUCAAGGACGUGAUCCUCGAGCCUGGCCUCGACCCCGACCUGCUCGACGUGCAAGACAUGUUCGACGACGCCAUGAUGAUGGACGCAUCGCUCGACGACGCGCCCGCCGCGGACGCCCUCGACCCCGACGACCUGCUCGUCGCGCCCCUCCGACGAGAACCGGACAAGGACGAGGACUGCGACAAUGCCGAC